GUGACAAACUUAGUGGUAACGAAAAAAGAUUGUAUCGGGUUGCAAGAAGAUAUUUCGAAAAUUUUGAAUCGGAGAAAUGGAACGUUAAUCAAUUUUUAGAAUUUACAAAUAGAAAGGGUGGCGACAAGUUUCCAUUAACAACUAGAAAGGAAAUUUAUACAAUGUGGUUAGAAUACUAUUUACAAAAAAAAACUAUCACUGUUAAAAAAUAUUUAGAUCUUCUUAAUGAGGCAAAGUAUACCUCACUCGCAGAGGCAUUAUCUUUCCAAUUUGCGAUGAGAAAAUCCGUUGAUGUAAAACUUUUGGACAAUCGCCGUCAAAAUUAUAGUUCUUUUAUAAAAACAGGAAAAUCAAAUAAUUCUUAUGUUAGGAAUAAGGAUUAUAUUAAGGAUGAUGUUCCGCAUGAGAUAAAAAUUCUAUUGCGUUUAGAGCUGGAGAAGAAUAUAUCUGAGAACGAUGAAGCAGGAUACAUAUAUGUAUUCACAGUUGAAGACAAAGAAAAAGAAAAUCGGAAUUCAAGUCGCAUGUUUUACAAGAUCGGUCGAUGUAAGAAUGUUGACCAGCGCCUAAAACAAUGGGAGAAGAAAUGUGAUUAUAAGGCUAAGCUGUUGGAAUCAUUCCCUACUGAAGGAUGCAAGUGUAAGUAUACCCAUCGUGUUGAAAGAUUGAUUCAUCUUGAGCUAUCAAAAACGAAGGCCACCUUACCACCAUGUCCUGGUUGUAAAGAAGUUCACCAAGAAUGGUUCAAAGGUGAAUCAAUCUCUGAUUCCAAAAUGCCUGGUUGGAAAGAGAUACGUGCGGUUAUUGUUAAGUGGGUAACAUAUGCUGAAAACGUUUAUGGCCCUGGUUUAUGA